UGUACUACGGCAGACACACAUUUUCUCUCAGAUUCUCUAUCAUCAUUGCGCUUCCUCAGUUUUCCACUCAGUGUUAUUGUUGCACCAGUUUUUCUGCGCUGAAGGCUACUCAUCAUUCCUCUACAAAUUAUUCGUCUCAUUCACCAUCUCCAUUACACAUCUCCAUACUCCAUCCUUUUUUAAUCAUCUUCUUUACCAUUUCAUCUAUUUCCAUUUGCGCUUGUCCUUUCCCAUUCCUCUCUCUCUCUGAACUCUUUCUUGUUUUAAUCCCGGUCUCAUCUCCACUUCACUUCACUUCACUGCCUGUCUGUCCUGUCUGUUUUUUUAUGUUUUUUCUUCAAUGGAGGCUGAGGCACUUUACAGUUUCAGAGCGACUGAAUGUGAUGAGCUCAGUUUCCAGAAGGGUGACAUCUUGAAGGUGGUGAUAUAUGUAGCUGGGCAGCUUGUGGGAUGGUACGAUACAAGGUGACAAACAUGGAUGACGAUCCGAACUGGUACACGGCCGAGCUGUUUGGUAGGCGGGGAUAUGUACCGAAGAACUAUAUCAAUGUAAGACCUCACACGUGGUUUGUGGGCGGAAUAUCACGGCAGGCUGCAGAAAACCGCCUGAGACCUCUGGAGUGUGGCGCGUUUCUCAUUAGGGAGAGCGAGAGCACACCGGGAGAGUUUUCCGUGUCUGUCAGUUACGGAGACCACGUGCAGCACUUUAAGGUUUUGAAAGAUGGACUGGGGCAGUUCUUCAUAUGGGAUGAAGUCUUCAGCUCUCUCAACCAGCUGGUGGACUUCUACAAAAUCAACAGCAUUGCCAAAGAGAGAACUGUGUUCCUGAAAGAGCCUGAGGGAUCAUUAGCUAGGCCACGUCAUGCCCAUGCCCUCUUUGACUUCACAUCCAAUCAUGCGACUCAUCUACGUUUCUUGCGCGGUGACAUCAUAGACCUGCUCGACUGUUCGGAUGCUCAGUGCUGGAGGGGCCGGUGCCGUGGAAGAGUGGGCGUGUUUCCACCAGAGUAUGUGCAGCCAAUUUAUCACUGAAUUUGUGUCACCAUCCUGUACAGCCCAGACUCAUUCAUCACUCACGCAUAUUCUUCAUAAAUCUAAAGGUAAACUAAGCCUCAUUCAUCAUUGUUUGGUGUAUCAGGCGAUUAUAUUUUUAAGGUUCGAAUUUAACCUCAUGUCAAAGGUCAACCUUUGCCCAUCCUCUUCUUUUUUGAUCACUUUCAGAAGGCAAAUUAGAAAUCAGUUAUAACUUGUCAACAAACCAGUUGUAUAACACCUUUAAUGAAUAUAACAAUUGACUAUUCAAUGUCAUCAUCAGCCAUUAUCUGAGCUUCCUGUCUAUUCUUCUUUCAAAUACUUUAAAGUCCUUUCAAAUAAAGGCAUGCCAUUAAAACUAGUAUCAACACUGCAUAUUUUAAUUGUAUUUAUUGCUUAAUGUUUUAUAUUGAUACAGUGCAAAAAAUGCAUUAUCAUGUCAGAAGUGAGCCAGAAAUACUAUGUUUCUUUUAUGCAAUAUAAAGCUCUAUAUGUAAAACAAUUAUAUAUAU